AUGUCUACUGAGGUUGAUAAGGUCCUUGGCUCGAAAGGCAAAAUCGAUGCCUCGGCUUUGAAGCUAGGAUAUGUCAUCGACGUGCCAAGAGACUUGUACAUAUCCAUCUUAUCCCUCGACGCCACCACCCUCACAAGCAGACCGAGACCAGGAGCUAACUCCAUAGCUCGCCUGGCCAGCGACUAUAUCAACAUGGCGCCCCUCCCGCCCGGACACAACCCGCCCCUGGUAACAGACGUCGACAUCACCUUCCCAACUCCCCAGAUCCUCCUCGCAACCAUCAACCGCCCGAAGAAGCUCAACGCAAUAGACUACCCGCUCGCGCACCAACUCUCCCGCCUGUGGGACUGGUAUGAUGCGCAUCCUUCCCUUCGGUGCGCCAUUCUCACCGGCACCGGAACCAAGGCUUUCUGCGCGGGCUCGGAUCUUCUGGCCAUCGAGCGGGGCCAGAAGCUCAAGGAGGAAGGAAAGGUAGGACAGGAGGAGUUGUGGAAGUAUGACAUGCCCGAGAGCGGGUUUGGGGGGAUGUCGAGGCGGAAGGGGAAGAAGCCGAUCUUGGCGGCCGUGAAUGGGCUGGCGUUGGGUGGAGGGAUGGAGAUGGUGUUGAAUUCCGACAUAAGCGUUGCCUCACCAACUGCCUCAUUCGGCCUUCCCGAAGCCACCGUUGGAGUCUACGCCUACGGAGGAGGCCUUCCGCGCCUCGUCCGCACCGUUGGCUUGCACGCCGCUUCCGACAUCGCCCUCACCGGCCGUCGUGUCUCGGCUCAAGAGGCCUUCGACCUACGCAUUGUCUCCCGCAUCGCCAAGACACUAGAAUCUGUUCUGGACGAGACGCUCGAGGUCGCGAAGCAGAUCGCCAACAUCUCGCCUGAUGGCAUCGUGGUGACGAGGGCGGCAUUGCGAGAGGCUUGGGAAACGGCGAGUGUAGAGCGCGCUUUCCAAUUAGUACAUGAGAGAUACUACGAGGAUCUAAUGAAGAGUCAGAACUCAAGGGAAGGGCUCGCGGCGUUCAGGGAGAAGAGGAAGGCGACAUGGAGGGAGGCGAAGCUCUAG